UUCGAAUCUCUGCAUCUUCCCGAAUUCUCUCAUUCUAAGAACCGGCUCAUCGGAGAUCAUCCUCGUCAUUUUCGUUACUGUCUACCUUCGAAAACUGGCCGUUUAACUUCUGGAGCGGCCAGAUCCAUUGAUGGGCUCCUGAGCACAUCAGGAAAUCUUCAUUAUUGUCAUCCUCAGCAGCAGCGAUUAGGGGAUGCUCGACUUUAUGGCCUUUCUGAGCGCCUAUCGGUGCAGACUACAGUGCCUACAUUUAUAAGUACAUCUUCAGCCGGAGCUGCAGUCGAUGCUAAUUUACUAGCUUUCUCGCAGCCUCCCUUAGGCCAAGUUUCGGCUAAUCCUAUUGCCAAUAUACCUGGUAACUAUCCGCUGACAGAUCCAAACUUAUCUGGGCAUCAUCAGCACCAGCGCCAACUAGUGGGUCCUGGGCAUGCUCUUCUACACCCUCCUUACCCAUCACCUCCUCCAGCCGGAUUACCCGCCACUUCAGCAAAAGUGGCUGCAGGCGUUAUCACACCUUGCUCCUCUUCUCUGGUUAGCCCAACCAGCCCUUCUACUGUCGGAAUAGGUACAGUAACGGGCUCUAUUUCUUCUUUUUCUUCUGCCACCACCAAGGGCAUUAUGACAAUCACGACCUCAUCCCCCGUUGUCUCUACUACUUCUGCCUCAACUUCGUCAUCCACCACAAUUGUGCCCAGCAGGCACUCAUUGUGUGCAUGCACUUCUGUAUCUGGAUUAUGUCCUCUCACUAUGACCAGUGCAAUAUGCUCGACCGGCCUACAGAUUCCUAUCUGUCCAGCCAAUGCCAACGUCACAAAACCUACAAUUCAUCUGCGCUCUCCAGCAAUUGCUUCGCAGACUGGCCCUGCAAUUACUCAUUCUCAGUCGCAAUGCUUUUUAAUUCAUCAAACCAGCCAUCUCCAACAGCAUCAGCAGAGACCAUGGUAUUAUUUCCCCCAUCAUCUAUCUUCUGGCACCAAGCCUCCUACUCUCACAACCAAACUGACGUCGAAAACAUCUGUCUCGACAUGUAAAGACCUCCAGCAAGCUGACAUAGAUCUCGGCCCCAGCCUUUCCCGUUCAUCUGCUCUUUCCCCGACACCUGAUCCUUUUAUUCCGGCCUUUUCGCAGAUGUCCUCAAUUCUUCCUUUAACAUCCACUAUCUCUGAGGUAUCACCAACUCAUGAGGCUGGCUGCGUUUCGACUACUAAAUCAACUCUCACUUCUCAAACAUCCGUAAGCAGUCUCUCUUUUCCUGGUGAUGGCCAUUCUUCUGUAGCAUACUUAUCAUCACAGGAGAAAAAUAUUCCCACUAACUUUCAGAGCUGCCAGCAUCUUGCUGAGACAUGCCAACAUUUGAGUAUUCACGACUCUGGCAAGCGUCAAAAGGGGCAUCGGCAUAUUCGUCAUUCUCGCCAUCACCGACAUUAUUACCAUCGCGUUUACCGUAAACACAAAGAAGAGCAACUUCUGAACGAAAAGUUCCCUUAUACUCAAUGCUCUUUUUCUCAAAAUCUUGAUUCUGGAAAUGAUCCAUUGAAAUCCUAUUCAGAUCUGGCAUUUGCUAAGUCACAGGUUUCGCUCUCAAAAAAACAAUUUCCAAGUGCGACGGAAAAUACUUCAUCUCCCGUCAACCCAUCACAGCUAGGUCAGUCAACAAAACAGCCUGCAAGCCAGUCGUCUCCACUUUGCCUCACAACGACUUCGACCACCUCAGCUGUUAUCGACAGAAUCUCUUCAUAUCCACACCAAACCACUCAGUCAAAUUCAUGGACUAGCCAUUUUGCAUCUAGCGGCCGUCACGAUGAUUAUCGGCAUCAGAAUAGGUAUCAUUCCUACCGCCAGUGGUAUCUUCAGAACAAGGAUUUCCCUCCAACUUCAUACUAUAAUUCAAGGAAAAGAGAGCAUCGACGAUUUGGUGAGCUGUUUUCGGGACGCCAAGAGCCAGUCUGUCUAGAAGUUUUAGAUCCAGAACCGGACACGGGUGUGUUCGUCGCCGAUGAUGACUAUUUGCAUUUAUCAUCGAGUGCUGCUUCUUUGCCAUUCUAUUCCUGUUGCCCUGAGACAGCAGAUUCCGGAGUUAUCGCUAACACAACUCCUGUAGCUGCAAACUGUUGUACUCUUGUACACAAAAAGCUCUCUAUACCCGAAGAGACCAAGUCAAAACAAGGCACUUCUUUACCAUCAUGCCCCUCUGUUCCUUUUCCCUCAGUUAUUAGUGGUGAUCUUACAACUUGCUAUAACCUGAUAACCACUAAUGCUGAUACUAUUGCAACGACUACACUCACAAGCUCUGUUGAUUCUUCUCCUGACUCAUCUUCACGUCUAUCCUCAGCUGCUUCUUUCCUUUCCUUGGUCUCCUCAUCUGUCCUAUCAUCUACAUCACCUAACUUUAUUAUCUCGCCUCAAACCGGCCCUCUAAUUGGCUGCUCAAAAAUGCUUAAACAAAGCGAUCACCUGGUGGAGACCGUGCCGGCUAUGUGUCAGAUAGAGGAGGAAGAGGAAGACAAGGCGGAAGGGCUAGAGAAUGGCAGACUCUUUGAUUCAGAUGGUGUUCGGAGCAGACGAAGAAAAAAACGACCUAGCCAGACGUCGCGGAAUAAAAAAUCGGAGAAAAAUAAAGUUACUCGAGAUAAAUUAAUCAACGACUUAGUAAGAGCGACCUACCCACUUUCCUCUCCUGAGGGCCACACUUCUCGUGCCUCGAAGCUCGGGUGCGAAUCAAUAAAAGCCAACCAGAAUGAGGCAAAAGCUUCUCAGACACGGCUUGAUGGAACAAAAAUGUUGGAUUAUCGAAAAGGGCUAUCGUCCUCAAUUGCCUACUCCCGAUUGAGAAGGCGACCAGUUAAGACAUUAUUCGGGACCGUUACUUAUCGGCCUGGUAAGUGCGCACGUGCGCCCAUAUGCGCAUAA